AUGGCUGGUCCUUCCGCCCCUACAGAGCUGCGCUUCAGUAAGUCAUGUCCCUUCACGUCCACCACCGUCAACAUUGAAUUGACGUCCCACGCCCCGGGCCCUCGAGCUAAUCGCCCACCGCGCGCAGAGAACCCCGCCGUCUUGGUCUGCGAUCUCCAGGAAAAGUUCCGCAAUGCCAUCUACGAGUUCGAUAGCAUGUACGCCACCCUCACCCUCCCUCUCUCCCCCUCUCCCUCUCUCGUCCCCCGACGACGACGACGAAAAAAAAAAACUAACACCACGACCAGUGUAGCCACCACGACCAAGCUGCUCACCUUCGCCAACGCCGUCAACAUCCCCGUCCACGCAACCACCCAGACGGCCGCCAAGCUCGGCCCUACCGUCCCCGCGCUCGCCUCUCUCCUCCCCUCGCCGCCGCACGACAAGACCAAGUUCUCCAUGCUCAUCCCCCCGCUGGCCGCCGCCCUGCCGCCCGCCUCGCGCGUCGCCCUCGUCGGCAUCGAGUCCCACAUCUGCAUCACCCAGACCGCCCUCGACCUCCGCGACGCAGGCCACUUCCCCUACGUCAUUGCCGACGCCGUCAGCAGCUGCAACAGGACAGAGGUCAUCAUCGCCCUCGACAGGCUGCGCGCCGAGCACGGCGUCACCGUCACCUCUUCUGAGAGCUGGAUGUACGAGUGCAUGGGCGACGCUUCCAACCCAGCCUUCAAGACCUUGAUUGGCGUCGUCAAGGGUGCCGUGGCCGACACGAAAAAGGUGCUCGAGACGUUGCCGCCGACUUCCAAGAUUUAG